AUGUCUGACGAUUCUGACGUCGACUCGCAGAACUCUGACGUCGAUGACACGUACGACGCCGAUACGUCAUCACAGGGGUCACGGGGGUCAAGUCGUGAUGACGAGAAAAGCGCAGGCGAGCUUGAAAACAAUCUUGGAGACGAAAUUAAAACACCUGAUGACGCUGACAAGGAAGAACAUAACCACGACUCCAGGAAAGGAAGCGAUGCGGGGUCAACGUCCGAUCGGGCAAAAGUGGAGGAAGAUGACGACCCAGGAAGUACCCUUUCAGAAACUGGCUCCGUUAAAACAACAGAGAGAGACUCCAGGGCGGGUAGUGUCAUGUCAGCGAACGGGAGGACACGCGCCGCGCGGGAGGGGGACAGUGUGAGACCGUCCAGCGCUUCGAGCAGGGAAAGCGGCAAAAAUUCAAAGUUAGAAGACAGUCAGAUGGAAACCCACGAAGGUAGAAGUGAGGGCGGUUCUGAAAAUGAAGACCCGGAUUCUUGUGAUGAUUCUGAAGAUGAUGAAGAAGAAGAAGAAGCUGAGGUAGAAGGAGAGGAUGACGGGGAAAAGACGCCGGUACCGCCACUAGAGAUCAACAUCUUCAGCGGAUCCAGUUUUGACGCAGAGGGGGAUGAGGGCACGGGCCCGUCCCGGCAGGGCUCGAUGGCCAGCAUGUCCGCGGAGGGGGAGCGCAGCAGCGCCGCCAGCGGGUCCAUGUCGCUCCGCCCGCCCAGCUCCGAGAGCGACCGGCGCUUCCUGGAGGUCUGUCCGACUUUCCAAACUGGCAGCGGUGUCGGCUACACGAACCGGACAGCGUCUCAGAGUGACGAUUCUGAACGCUCACAGAGCGCCACGCAGGACAACGAUGGCGAAGAAAUUCAGGAGAGGGCAGUCAUUGAGGAAGACUUAAAGAAACAACGUCCGUCUUCAGGAAAAAGCGAGACGGCAAGUCUCCAGCCAAGACCACCUUCCGCGGAAAGCAAAGAUAGAAAACGCAGGAGAAAAUCCGGGUCUAAGACCAGCUUAAGGAGUGAUGGAGAAAUGAGCUCAAGAGCUUUCUCUGUAUCAGAAGACAAUGCAGCAUCUCCAAGGCCAUCUUCAGGAAGAAGUACCUCCAGUAGGAAGGACAACAGGCCCGGCAGCGUCGCUAGCGGACAUGUGUCAAUCCAAUCGCUACCAGUUAAAGGCAACGUUGAGAGGCCAACGUUCAACAGACCGAAAAGCGCUGACAUCAGGGGACGGAACGCCAAGAUGGACAGAUCGGAAGAGAACACAGACGGAGAAAAUGACACCAUUUCCUUGCAUGAUAAGCGACUGAAAGAAUCAGAGAAGAAGACAGCAGGCGAUAUCGACGAUACAGAAACGCGCCAGAGCCGUCGGUCCCUUCACUCCGCAAAGUCUAACAAAUCCUUCCGUAGCAUCGCCUCCACGCGGUUAGACUACCUGGCCGAAUUAGCGGACAUCAAGGAAAAACUGGAAGGUAAGACUGCCGACUGGGAGGGUCUGACGGAAGACAACUUGGAAGGUUUCUUGGAGGAUCUUCGCGAGCUGUACGGACGGACCACGGCUGUCCUGAGGAACAGCCACAGGGAUAGCAUCUGUCUUAUGGAGAGGAUCGUCCAGGUCAGGAAACUCCUGAAGGAGACCAGGAGGAAACUUCGAGACGAGACCAGCGAUCGAAGUCUUAGUAGCUUGGAUGAAAAAGACCCAGGCCCGUCCCAGCAGCUGACCCAGACCGUACAGCAGGCGCGGGCGACCCUAGCCCGGGCAGUGGCGGAGGCGGCAGAGGCGGAGCGCAGCGCGGCGGCGGCAGAAGUGGCGGCGGCAGAGGCGGCAGCGGCCGCGGGAAGGACCAUGGCAGCGCCCGAAACCGAGACGAAGAACACGGAGGAAUCAGAGGAGCUGGCACCUGCUCAAGGGGAUGACGUCACCGAUAAGGCAGUGGAAGAUGCUCAGGAGAAGGAAACCACCAUGGCAACGGAGGAAGGGGAGACAGAGAAGACCGAGAGUGAAGAAAAAGUAGAAAAUGGUGAAACGGAAGGUAAGGAGGAAGAUAUAAAAGAUACAAAGGAAGAAGAGCAAACAGAAGAGUCUGAAGAAGGCGCGAAAGCAGAAACGGACGACACGCCUGAUGCAGAGUCCACUGGGAACGAGGAGGGAACCGGGGAACGAGAACAGCCUCCAGACGAGACAGCCGACGCUGCUACAGAGGAACGAAAAGUCUCAGAAGAAGAAGAAGUCUCCGAAGAACAAAAAGCAACAGAAGAGGAAAAUGAGACACAAGACGCAGAUAAACAAGGUAAGGAAGAAGCUAAAGAAACAACGGAAGGCUCCGAAGAGAAGACUGAAAGAAAAGCCAGUAAACUAGAGGAUAUAAAAGAAGUGGAUGACUCCGAGAAAGCUGAAGAACAAGAAGAAAAGCAAGAGAGCGGUAAAACCGAGAACAGGACCAGCCCGACGCCGCCUCCACCCACUGCUCGCAGGAGAAGCGAGCCGACAAUUUCACAGGCACCUUCUCCGCGGGGCAACCAGGGGUCCUCACAAGCCAUGCUGCGGCGGGGCAGUCUGAUGGACGUGCGGCUCAGGCAGGCGGAGAGGACGCAAAGGGACGCUAUGAAGGACCCCAACAACUGGCCAAUGGAAGCUCUGCAGGUAGAGAACCUAGACGGAGAGUCCGAGGUUGGCUGUCUGAUCCGCGCCACGUCAGACGUGCUGGACUCGCCCCCCUCCCCCAUCUCCGCCUCCUACCUCCACCACCUCUCCCACCUCACCGUGGGCAGCAACGAAGAGCUGGUCAGCGAGGUGGUGGACCUGCAGCCUCGGGGGCACACGCUCCCCGGCCCGCUGAUCGUGGCCGUGCCGUACCCGGUCUCGGCGCGGGUCGGCAGUCGGGAGGUUAUCGUGAAGACGUCGCAGGACGGGGAGAAGUGGCGGGCUAUCCCGACAUUCAACCCUGAAGCCAACUACAGAGAGAGAAAGGGAGUUUUCUUCGCCGAAGUGAACGUGAAGCAGCUGGGCAUGUUUGCAGUACUGUCACGGCCCGCUAGGGAGAAGAUCCACGUCCCCACCAAGGGCGGACUGUUCAAGGCGCCUCAGGACCAGCGCGUCUCCUUCAAGUAUGCCAAGGAGGGCGUCAAGACGCCUCUGAUGCUCACCUUGGAGAUCCAGCCCGUCUCCAUGUCUGUUGUCGCUGACGUCAAGUCACGUGAGAAAACCUGCGAGGGUCUCAUCUCCUGCAGCCCCAUAGUGCGCAUGUCACACAGCGUCAACAUCCACACACGUGACUCUCCACCAAUCACCGUCACCGUUCCAGUUCCGCCGAACCCCAGCCGCGCAGCCGCAGAAGAGAGCAAUACAAGCAGUAGGAGACCCAAAACAGCGUUCGAAGGCGGCCGUUCGUCGGACGCGGCCUCUCGACCAAUGAGCGCCUUCUCGCUGGGCACGCGCAGUAGCAGCGCGCAGGACGAUGACGACACGCUGCGGUUGAUGACGUGGGAGGAAGGCGGUUGGCUGGUGCACGAUGACGUAGAGCUGACGGAGAGGAAGGGUGACCUGGUGGCGUUCGAACUCAAGGUCGUGCUGCAGCGGUUCAUUAUCCUCCGUCUGAAGACCGGUUCACACUACUCCCCAGAGAAAGUAGUCCGUGCGCUGGAGAAAUCCCUCCGCACCAAGCGGGCGGCGUGCAUCGCCCGGCACAGGGCAGACGACCCACAGAGCCUCGUUUUCAAGUGCGUUCCCGCGGCAGACUCCAACAAGACCCUCCGUGCCCUGGAGGAUUCUGGGUACGUGGGCCCACCCGACGCCAGCUCUGACGUACUCCUGACGGAGGGACAGCUCAUUUACAUGCGGCUGCUAGGAAACAUAACAGAAGCUGACGACUCUUCAAAAGAGGAGCUCCGUUUGCCAUUCCACUGUCACGUGCACAAGUCGGUGAGGUUAAAGGUCAAAGAGCAGGACGAGUUCGCCAAUCACAGCUACGAUGAGUACCGGGGUCAGGUGAAGUUCUUCCUGCGUGAAAACAACGAGCAUGAUGGGAAGGAAACGUCACUAUGCAAGCUGCCUGUCUCACUACCCAAGAAAGAAAGACCACGACCAAGACCACCAAGUUCAUACCGGAAACUCAUUGAAGUUCCGGGCCCGCUGGGAACGGACGGACUAAACCAUCUGGCCCGUGAGAUGGGGGAGGACUGGGACGUGGUGGCGGGGUACCUGAAGGUCAAGCACAGCCGCGUACAGGCCAUCAAACGGAACUACCCUGGUGAUAUCAAACAACAGGCCUUUGACAUGCUGUACACGUGGCGGAACAGCAUGCCGCGACAUUGUGACAAAGUCGGCGUGCUGUACAAGGCGCUACGCAAGUCGGACCGUGGAGACCUGGCCGAGAAACUUCGCGCCCAAACCGCUGCAUGAGAACGCUUUAUAUGCUGCAGUUUCAUAUAAAAACGCUAGAGGGGGUACAUGAGUGGUCAUUGUUUUGGAUCCUCAUCAAACUGUAGACGUACUUGUACAACAAACAAUAAAAGGGUGCCAAGUGGGCUUGAUAACAGACGGUGUAUUGCAAUAAAAUUAACAUGAAUUAUAUACUUAAGCGCUUCAAAAAAAUUUUCAAGUUGACAAUCCGUCCAAGAUUUGGUCCAUCAAAGUAAAUUUGAAGU